ACCCAGCUCCCAGUCGUCUAAAGUGGGCGGGCCUUCAGCACCAAUGAGCCCUCCCCCGCACGAGUUCAUCCCCUUGGUCCCACCUUCCUCCCCCAAAAUGUAGUGGGUUAUUCGCUCCGACCCUGCCCUCCCACUCAAGGGGAAUGGUGGCCUCUAGGCCCAGCCCCUGAACUUCCGGACCUGCCUGGCCUUCCUCCACCCCAGAGCAAUAUCAAAAUGAGCCCCGCCCACGCAGCCUCGCCCACUGCAUAACUUCCGGCUUGACUCCCCCUUCCCGCGCCUUCCCUUUCUCCUGCUUCCAAUCGGCCCCACGAGGGGUCGCCGACAUGCUGGAGGACAACUCUCUCUCGACCUGGGUUGUCGCGCACGGAAGUGCUGUUUACCUAAAGCCUAGCUUCUCUCACCAGAGACCUCCCCGCCCCCCCUCAGUUGCACCGCUGGGGGCCACUUCCCUGAGCCUCUUUUCUGCCCGGGCUUCGCCUGCCUCACGGAGCGGGCUGAACAAGAUGGCCGCCGGGGCGAGGCCGCGGGCGUGCCGCGGGGGCUUCUGGGAGUUGUAGUCCGGCUGGCGUGCUGACGCACUUCGCGGCGGGGCCGACGGGCGCCAUUGUGAGGUGUGCACCCGGACUUCACCCAUUCCCGAGACAGACAGAUUGAGAGGAAGAAAAGUAUGGCCUCCAGGCUUCCGACGACCUGGUCCUGUGAACCAGUGACUUUUGAAGAUGUUUCACUGGGUUUUACCGGGGAAGAGUGGGGACUGCUGGACCUCGAACAAAAAUCUCUGUACAGGGAAGUGAUGCUAGAGAACUACAGCAACCUGGUCUCAGUGGAACAUCAGCUUUCCAAGCCAGAUGUGGUAUCUCAGUUAGAGGAAGCAGAAGAAUUCUGGCCGUUGGAGAGAGGAAUUCCUCAAGAUACCUUUCCAGAAUAUCUUGGGCCUCAGAUCAAAAUUAAAUUGGAUCCUCUUCCUGCUGAGAAUCCCCUGAUGAACAUUGAGGUUGUUGAGGUCCUCACACUGAACCAGGAGGUAGCUGGUGCCCGGAAUGCCCAGAUUCGCGCUCUCUAUGCUAAAGAUGGGGUCCUGAGUCCUGACAUUCUCAAGGAGCCAGUACAACAGCUGGGCAAGCAUCCAGCUGAUUCUGAGGCUGCUCGUCAGAAAUUUCGGCAAUUUCAUUAUGAGAAUGUGGUAGGUCCCCGAGAAGCCCUCACCCACCUUCGUGAACUCUGUCACCAGUGGCUGGAGCCUGAUGUUCACUCCAAGGAACAGAUGCUGGAGCUGCUGGUGCUAGAGCAGUUCCUGGGUGCACUACCUGGGAAACUCCGGAUGUGGGUGGAAUCACAGCACCCAAAGGACUGCGAAGAGGUGGCAGCCUUGGUGGAGGAUGCGACUUGGAUAUCUGAGGAGGAAGCACCACCUGCCCAGCCUUCACAGGACCCCACCUGCUGUCUCAAGGUCCCUGCCCAGCAGGAAAAGAAGCAGCAGAAGGCUACAGCCAUCCAGCCAGAGAUGGCCCUGCCUGAGAACCCUCCUGAACAGACAACACAUGUGACUUCACAGGAACCAGUGACUUUCCAGGAUGUUGCUGUGGACUUUACACGGGAGGAGUGGGGGCUGCUAGGCCCAACACAAAGGACUGAGUACCAUGAUGUGAUGCUGGAGACAUUCGGGCACCUGGUCUCUGUGGGAUGGGAGACUACACCGGAAAGUAAGCAGUUAACUCCAAAUUCUGACAUUCCUGAGGGAGAACCAGCCCACAGCCUGAAAGUACAAGAAUUCUCAAGGGAUUGUGCCACAUCUUCCACCUUGGGAGAUGUCUUGCAGCAUGUGGACCUAAACGUCCCAGACAAAGUUUUGAAACAAGCGGGGUCUGCUCUGGAAAAAGUCCUCCCUCAGGUGGAGCCUUGUGAAAACCCCAAGUCCCAGGCAAACACUUGUCUUGACACAAGUCAGGUUUUGCUCCAGAAGGUGUCUCCUAAAAAACGUUUGCACAAACGUGGCUCACAGGUUAAGAACAACAAACAUAAUUCACAUAUAAAACAUCAGAAUCGUUGUGAAAGACAAAAGGCCAAAGAAGGCAGUGGUUGUAGGAAAGCCUUCAGCCGGAGUGCUAAGCAGAUUACAUUUAUAAGAAUUCACAAGGGGAGCCAAGUUUGCAGGUGCAGUGAAUGUGGUAAAAUGUUUCGGAACCCAAGAUACUUUUCUGUGCAUAAGAAAAUCCACACUGGGGAGAGGCCAUAUGUGUGUCAAGACUGUGGGAAAGGAUUUGUUCAGAGCUCUUCCCUUACACAGCAUCAGAGAGUUCAUUCUGGAGAGAGACCAUUUGAAUGUCAAGAGUGUGGGAGGACCUUCAAUGAUCGCUCAGCCAUCUCCCAGCACCUGAGAACUCACACUGGAGCUAAGCCCUACUCAUGUCAGGACUGUGGAAAAGCCUUCCGCCAGAGCUCCCACCUCAUUCGGCAUCAGAGGACUCACACUGGGGAGCGCCCAUAUGUGUGCCACAAAUGUGGAAAGGCGUUCACCCAGAGCUCACACCUUAUUGGGCACCAGAAAACCCACAAUAGGACAAAGUGGAAGAAGAAACAGCUAUGUCUUAGCUCUCAAGCCAGUUGAAGAGACAGUGCCUUUUCAACUUGAUCCUGCAAUAGAACAUGCAUUUGGAUGGUUGGGAAUUGGGACUGAAUGAAAUGACUGAUGUGAAAGAAGCAGAGGGAGGACAUUCCCCAAACCAAAGAACCACUGGGGACACCACCAUUCUUUUAAUUAGAGUAAAGAAAAUGAGGAGUUGUCAAUGUAUUUGGGAAAAAGAUUUAAUUUUUCAAUCAGUUGAUGUGCUACUCUUUGCUCAUUCAUUUAGUCAUUAAAAGUUAUAUUUGGCUCGGCGCCUGUAGCUCAAGCCACUAAGGCACCAGCCACAUACACCAGAGCUGGCUGGUUCGAAUCCAGCCUGGGCCUGCCAAACAACAAUGACAACUGCAACCAAAAAAUAGCCAGGCGCUGUGGUGGGCACCUGUAGUCCCAGCUACUUGGGAGGCUGAGGCAAGAGAAUCGCUUAAGCCCAGCAGUUGGAGGUUGCUGUGAGCUGUGAUGUCAUGGCACUCCACCUAGGGCAACAGUUUGAGGCUCUGUCUCAAAAAACAAACAAAAAAAAAGUUAGUGGCACCCGUAGUUCCAUGGGUGGCGAGCUGGCCACAGACACUGAGGCAGGUGGGUUUGAACCCGGCCUGGGCCAGCUAGACAACAAUGACAAGUGCAACAACAACAAAAAGGUGGCGCCAGUGGCUAGAGUGCUGGCCACAUGCACCCAAGCUAGCAGGUUCAAACCUGCCCGGCCAACUAAACAAUGACAACUGCAACAACAACAAAAAAUACCCAGGCAUUGUGGCAGGUGCCUGUAGUCCCAGCUACUUGGGAGGCAAAAGAAUCACUUAAGCCCAGGAGUUUGAGGUUGCUAUGAGCUAUAAUACCACAGCACUCUACCGAGGGCAACAUAGUGCAACUCUGUCUCAAAAAAUAAUGAUAAAAAUAGGGCGCUGCCUGUGGCUCAGCGGGUAGGGCGCCGGCCCCAUAUGCUGAGGGUGGCGGGUUCAAACCCAGCCCUGGCCAAACUGCAACAAAAAAAUAGCCGGGCAUUGUGGCAGGUGCCUGUAGUCCCAGAUACUUGGGAGGCUGAGUCAAGAGAAUCGCCUAGGCCCAAGGAUUUGGAGGUUGCUGUGAGCUGUGUGACGCCACGGCACUCUACCGAGGGUGAUAAGGUGAGACUCCGUCUCUACA